CGCGAGUUUUUCCAUUUAUUGUUUCGCUUUUAUUUUGUUUUUAAUUAUAAUAAUUUCCUAAAUUAAUAUCGACUAACAAACAGCGUAUUAUCGCGUUUUCUAUAACACAAUGAGGUGCACUAUUCCCGAAAUAUCCUGGCACAAUAGGGAACCGGUGCUCAGCGUCGAUAUACACCCGGUGUCCGAUAAUAAUUACAAACUCGCUUCCAGCGGCGGAGAUAGCCAUAUUUUGAUAUGGCAAAUGGUCCUGUUGGAAAACGGUUCGGUGAAACAAGAAGUUGUAUCGGAUUUAAAGAGACACCAAAAAUCAGUGAAUUCAGUCAGGUGGUCGUAUUCGGGGCAAUACCUAGCAUCUGCAGAUGACGAUGCGAACAUAAUCAUAUGGCAGUUAAAAACCGACAAUAUUCCUCUAUUGGAAGACGAUAGCGAUGAUAAAGAAACAUGGAUCGUGUUUAAAAUUUUAAGAGGUCAUAAAGAAGAUAUUUACGAUUUGUGCUGGUCUGUAGACAAUUCCAAGCUGUUGACAGGCUCUGUUGAUAAUACAGCAAUCAUUUGGGACUUAACGAAAGGCAGAUCUGAUAUUAUAUUAAGCGAUCACAAAGGAUUCGUUCAGGGAGUAGCUUGGGACCCGAAAGAUCAACUUUUGGCGACAAUAAGCACCGACCGGAUCUGCAGAAUCUUCGAUAAAUCGGGCAAGCAGGUGAAGAAGAGAAUUUACAAGGGUUUCGUGCCCGUGCCAGACGAGCAUUUCCUGCACGAGAAAGAAUGCAAAUAUUUCCACGACGACACCUUCAAAUCGUUCUUCAGGCGACUGCAGUUCACGCCUGACGGGUCACUUCUCAUCGUCCCUUCGGGGCACUUGCAAGCGGACAAUUGCAAAAACUAUUUGAACUGUACUCUCCUUUUCACCUUAGAUAAUCUAACAGAGCCUGUUGCUGUUCUCCCGCUCGAUAAACAAAGCAGCACGGUGGUGAGGUGUUGCCCGUUGCUGUUUCAUCUCCACGAAAAAGGCCCCGAACCGGUGAUAAAGCUUCCGUAUAGAAUGAUAUUCGCCAUCAGCACCGACCACGAUAUAAUCCUCUACGAUACUCAACAAGUGAAACCGUUCGCUAAACUGAGCAACAUUCAUUACACUCGUAUAACGGAUCUGUCUUGGUCGAGCGAUGGAUUGUUGCUCAUCGCUUCUUCUACUGACGGGUUUUGCUCUUUGAUAUCGUUUAGUCCCGAGGAAUUGGGACGGGAAUACGUGAAACCGAUUAGCGAAGAGGAAACUAGUGUUACGAUAGCGAGUGACAACGAUGAAAAUAUCGAUGAAAGUUAUAAAUCUAGUGUAGAGGUGGCUGUACAAAAGGAUUCUAAAGAGAAAGAGGCGAAGAAGCGGCCCAGUUUUCUUUUGCAAUGGGCGCAGAAUACUAAGCAAGCGAAAAAAGAGGAAACGGAUGAAGUCGUAGAAAUUCAAGAUGAUGAUGAUAGUAAUAAAUCUAAUGUAGAAUCCACGGAGACGAUUAAAGUAGAUAAAGAAAAAUUACAAAAGACUCCUAAAAAAGGUAUCAACGUGCUCACACCUAGGCGUAUAAAACCAACAAAAAUAGGCAAUAGUGAAGAUAAAAAUGAUGCAAUAAUAGAUACACAGAAAGAAACACAAAAACCAGUAAAUAUUUUAAUACCGAGGCGUAUUAAACCGAUCAAAAUUGAUGGUGACAACAAAAACGAGUCGAAAGAUCCCAAAAUUUCGCCUAGCGAUCGAAUUGAUGAUGAUAAAUCGAAAGACGAAACUCUCAAAAUAACCCCUAGAAAAGGUAUUAACGUUCUCACGCCUAAACGAAUAAAACCGACACAAAUUGACGAGGAUAAAGAUAAAAAUAAAGCUGUAAUAGAAACAAAUUCAUCACAGAAACCGGCAGUAAACGUUCUAACGCCCAGGCGAAUUAAACCUACUAGAGUUGAUGAUAAAGAUACUAAUUUUACAUUAAAAUUAAACGAAUCUAAAGAACUAAAAAAUUCUCCUACCGCAGUCAACGUAACACCUACAGCAUCACCGGUAAUAACUAAAGAACCUCUCGAAGCAACCCCUAGAAAAGACAUCAACGUUUUAACACCCAAACGGAUAAAACCUACAACAAUUAAUACAAACAACAAAGCUACAACAGAAACGAAUCGCCUAUCACCUGCAGCAGCUACAUUAACACGGGAAGAAACUAAGCCUAUUGAAGAAAAGGAAGAAUCUCCAGCAAAAGACGAAACGCCCAAGACUAAAACUCGCAAAGAACUGAAAUUUACUCCCCCGAAAGAUAACAAAAUUGUGACGAAAAGCGCGAAAAAGGAUAAGGAAAAAGAUGCCAAAAAACGGUCCAGUUUCAUAUUGCAAUGGGCGCGAAAUACCCCAAAAAAACCCAAGAACACCAACGAAGUAAUCGUCAUCGAUGAUGAUGAGGAAAGGCUGAUGAAAGGACAAUCGAAGACCGAUGGAAUUUAAAGUCUGGUAAAAUUAACAAACCUUUAUUAUUAUUGAUUUGUUUUUAUUAAUGAUCGUUUCAGAUUGUACAUAGUAUUAUUUAUUGUUUAUUGCUUUUAAGUAAAUUUUUAAUAUUUUUUU